UGUAAUAACGCGGCCGUCUCCCUGACUCGCGUAAAUAGACACCAUUAACGUCUCCCUCAGCAGAACUCGCCCGUCAAUCUGCGAGCACAAUACAUGCUGGUUUGCCCGCGCGUUUCGUGUGGAGCUGGCAAGAGGGGACCGCGCUCGACAAAAUCUUCGUCCCCGCCACCCGAGGGUCAAUGUCCGAGCUUCGCCUCAGCAGGGAUAGCCUAGAUGCAAGGUCGCCAGCGGCGCUUGCCCAAGCGCUCCAAGGGCUACAGGAUAACAGCCAUGUAAUCCUGGACUUGCGGACUGGCUCAGGCUGUGCCGCGCGACUGCGACCUGUACCGUCUAGCGAGGCCACACUUCUGCAGGAGAGCAUGAAGGGCUCGACGGCUGUCUACACGGUGCUCAGCGCCAUGGCGGCUUCGCGCCACCACCGGCCGCUGCGGCUCAGCAUUCGCGGCCUCAGCGCAGCGCUACCUGAACCCCCGGCCGAGCUGCUCGAGCUGUUGCAGGAGUCCGACAUCAUCCAGGAGCUCCAGCUGGAAGACGUGUCCAUUGAGCGCCUUGCGCAGGAAGGCGCCGGCAACCUGCUCCGCAGCACCUCCACGCCCCCGGUCCCGGCGUGGUCCAUGGCUUCGCUGCACCCUGCCCAGACCCUGCUCGCUGUGCCCGCCACGCCAAUCAACAACAGUGCCGGCGGCGCCUUCGCCUUCGCCGAGUGCAGCGCUGCCCACCCCAUGUCGCCACUUCAAGCAGGCGCCGCUUCCGCGAGCGACAGCUUUGACAAGAUCCAAGACCUACACCCGUCCCAGUUCGACGGCCACGCUCUGAAGACGCAGCCGCAAGCGCGCAUGCCGGUCUCUGACGACUUCCGCGCCCGCGGCACUGGCCUGCUGCGCCUGGCGGCAGCGAUGCCAUCGCUGCGCCGCCUGAGCCUGCGCGCCGCCGUCUUUCCCGCGGCCGAGGUCGUCGCGCUGGCGGCGGCGGUGCCGCUGCUGGAGGAGUUGUCGCUAGACGGUGCCAUGGAGGUGGACACAGCAGGACCGGCGGUGGCGGCGGCGGUGGCGGCCUUGUCGCUCUCUAAGCCCGGCGCAGCUGUUUCGGCGGCGGCCGCCACCUCUGCCGCCACCUCGCACGUCUACAAGGGCCUCCUGGCGGCGCUGCCGCGGCUGCGGCUGCUCCGCCUGCCGCUGCCACUGGCAGCACCGCAGCAGCGGUCGGAGCUGGCCGCCGCUACUGUCGCCCACUCACCCUUUAUCGCUGACCCGUAUACCGUGGCGCCGGGCCUCGCCGCGCCGCUGCCCCUGCUGUACGACAGCGAUGACGAUGAUGACUGCUACAGCCUUGCGUCGGCCUACGGCAGCAGCAUCAGCCACAGCGGCGGCUCAUCGAGCAUCUUCAGCGGCUGGAGCGUCGCCGGCGCGAGCGCCGUCAGCACAGGCAGCGGCGCGGACGGCGCCGUCACGGCACACUCAGCCGCCGGCAGCUGCUGGCGCACUCCCGCCAUUGCGACGAGCUCCACCUUCGCUACUCCUGUGCACGCCACCCCCAAGGCUGUGGCGUUUCGCGCAGCCGCUGAGCCGUCGGACUGGACCUUCCCCAGCCGCCUGGCCGAGCUGUCGGUGCCCAUGUGCGGUGCCAACGGGCCCGUCUUCUUCGCUGCCCUCAACGUGCUCGGCGGAUGCGGCGGCAAGGCGGCUGAGGCCAAGACCGAGGAGGAGGAGGCUCAAGAGAAGGCGCGCCGCGGCCUGAGGGCGUUGCACGUGCCCUGCCCCACCGGCUACAGCCCCUGGGACGGCGCUUUCCUCAAGACGGAGCAAGACUUUGCCGCGCUUGCCGGCCUUGCUCCGGCUUUGGAGGUGCUGCACCUGGCCCUGCCGCCGGCCCUCACCGCGCCCGCCGCCGCCGGCCUGCUGCGCGCCUGCCUGAGCCAUCUUGCCAAGCUGCACGACGUCAAGGAGCUGCGUGUCAGCGGGGCAAAGCUGCCCGCCUGCUUCUCCGUGCGCAAGCUCCAGCCCGCGCCCGCCGAGUACCUGGCCUUCCGCACCUGCGGCACCGCCGCCACUGACGUCGCGGCCAGCAGCGGUGCUAGCGCUCUGCUGCCCUGCCUCGUCCGCUGCCCUACGCCUACCACGAGAACUGUCACAGAGGUCACCAGCGCCGACGCCCCCGGUCCCAUGACCCUCACAUUGCCCGCCGCUCUCGCCACGCCGACGCCGCUGACCCCAGUCAUGCCGCCUCCGCGUCGGCUUGCGCCACCACCCUCGCCGUCACCGAUGCCGUGCCGACCAGCCACGGCCAGCAGCCCCUUCUCAAGCGGUGCCGCUGCCAGCCUGUUUGCACUGUUCCCCAGCGGCCCACCGCCUACUGCUGGCGGCGCAGCUGCCGGCGCCCUUCCCGCGCUGGGUGGCCUGCCGCCGCUGCCUGCGCUGCCGCCGAUGUGGCUGAGCUCACCAGCAGCAGCCUCCGCAGCUCCUGCGUCUGCUGGCACUUCUGCCUUCUCCUGCGCCGCGGAGCUCCCUGCCGGUGGUCGAGCUGGAUUGCUGCUGCCGUUGGCGCUGAUGAGCGGACCUUCCAUCUUUGCUGGCGCCUCGGCCGCGUCCGGCCGCGCCGCCAGGAGCACCUCCGCCCGCGCUCUGAGCUUCGGUGGGCUGGCCACCGCUGCCGCGACGCCCGCGCCCACGACACCUGCUGCGGCUCCCGCCGCCAUGGGCACUGCGGCCGGCGCCGCUGAUGCCACGUCCAGCGAGAGCGUGCUGCUGUCGCGGCUGCUGCUGCAAUGGCCGCGCCUGGAGUCGGUGGUGCUGCUCGGCCACAGCGUCAUUCGCACGCCGGCCGCCGCUGCAGGCACUGGCACCGGCUCCGCUCAUCGCCUGGUGUCGCCAUCCUCCCUUGAGGAACUGAUGGCGCUGCGGCAUCGGCCCAUCCGUGGCAGCCGCGUCAACGCCAAGAGCAAGAGCAGCAGCGGUAGCGACGACGAUGGCGCGAAUGGUCUUGUCAGCGGCGCAAGCGGCGGCGGCCGCCGCACGCGCUCCCUGGCAAGCCAUUUUGCGGCCACGACAAUGGGUGCCGAGGACGCUGCUCAUCGCCGCGCAACCAAACGGCACCGCCACGAUCGUGCUGUGGCGGCGGCUGCAGCUGCAGCGGCUACAGCCGGUGCUGGCUCGUUUUACCCUGUGAUGGACGGCAACACCGACAGCGAUGACCUUGGUGACUUGCCCCGGUUCAGCCGCGGCCGGGCCUGCGGCUGCAACUGCGAUGUCUGCGGUGGCAGUAGCAGCAGCGCGAGUGGCGGCAGUAGCUGCGGCAGUGGUGACGAGGGCGAUGCAUCGGACUCCGAGGCGGCCGCGGCAGCGGGGCUGCAGGGGUCCCCCGCGGCGGCGAUGGCGAAGCGUUGCAACUGCUGCGCCUGAGUGUCUGGACGCAUGGAACAAUUUAAUGUGGUUACUGAUGCAGGGUUACGUGCUGUGGCGGUGUGUGCAGUGCAGGUGCGUAGCGCGUGAGGGUUAGCAGGGCUGGCUCCGUCAGCACGCCGCCGCAGGGAGGGAAUUCGACACGCAUGAGAUGGACAAGCGUGAUGCGUGCAUGAGCAGUGCUAAACGAAGGAAACGCCCAUCCUAAUUUUGAAGUCCGCAUGGCCGCACUAGACCUUUGCGCGCCAUGUGACCUAGUUUACGCGCGAGAGAGGAAGGCGUCUGAGAUGGUUGCACACAAGUAGUCGAUAACCGCGUUGCUGGGCGCGUGGCUUUGGGAGAGGUCAUAAACCGCUUCACCUUUUAGCAUUCUUGUUUUUACGUUGUUUUAUUCCUUGCAAUGUACUGCUCGGCCCCGGUCACAAGAGGAGUCUUGGGUGCCGGCGCAAGUACAAGCGCUAGGCUGGGUCGUAUGUAUGGAUGGAGGUGUGGUAAGCAGGACUUGUUUCAGGCAUGCGCCUUUUCGAGACCAUGCAUGCUGCUUGUACUUCUGGCUGGCACAACCCUCCAUAGCCAGUGCUUCCGAGGGCACUGUGACGGCUUCUGCAUUUUUAGCUCCGCUGGUGGAUGCUCACUUACGUUGUGUGCCGACACAGCACACGACGGCCGGUCCCCUGUCCACUUGCAGGGUGGGAAGACGCAUUGCACUGGUUUCAGUUGUUUUAUGCGUAUAGUCAUGUUCGCCCUCCGAGGAAAAUAAUGCUGGGUGGCGUGUGAGGUGCAGCAGGGAUGUGUAGUACUUAAGCCCUAGGGGCAUGGACACGAGGGGCGCGAGGAAGGCAAAAGCUCCCGAGAGACCCGAGAGAACCGGCGAGGGAGUUGGGACUGGGAGUUUGGAGUGCGUGUGCAGGUAUUCAAUUUCUGGAAGUCGUGCACAGGAUGCAUGCCAAGAAAGUGAGGGUUGAUAAGGCGCGAAGCUGCAUGCAGCGGGCGUGGAUGUGAAAGCGAGACUUGAGUGGGGUGGUUACAAAUUACGGUGUGGUGUUGCCGGUAGUGUGAUGCACGUCCAGACGACGAUUGAAAAAUUGCGUGAAGCAUUGCAAUCAAGUCACAGCGUGCGUACCGUCAGAAGGUGAUGUGGAAGGUCCUCCGUUUAAUUGUUGAGGGCCUGGAACUUAUAACAGGAAGACGUGAUGAGAUGUGUGGUGUUCGCGAGUGUGGGCAGGCUAGUUCAAAUCAGGUGGCAGCCCACUGAGCAGGAAAACGCGCUGACGCGGAUCACACGCAAGCCCCGAGACGAAGUUGGCGAAGAUCGAAGUACCGUGGCCAAGUCCAAUACCAUAGUUUUUGGUUCAAACGUCAUUCUAAUGCUGGCGUUUCGUCCCACAUACAUUCAUCGUUUGCUGGUGCUCUACAGUUGUGCAGAUUGCGUGUACGCCUGUGCUUACGAGAUGUCAGGUGUUUUGUGUUGGCGAGGUUUGUCGCUGUGUGACACCCCUGCCAGUGUUGUCUCCUUAUGAAUAGAUGCCGUCGCUCUGAGGCGGACUGCUUUUUGAAUAUGUCCCAACAUAUGACGAGGCACGCAGCUGGUGCCCGGUUGCUUUGGGCUGGACAUGGACGGUUAGAAGGUUAGGACCGACAAAAUGGAGAUGGUACCACAGUAUUGAAUUGCCGCCCGCCAGGCCUGCUCACUUGCAUAUGUGCUAUGGAACCCUUCCGUGUUUACGUGUUUUGAUGCAGGACGUGGUUAUGCCGGGCUGUGUAAGGGAUCGACGGCCCUGAGGUGCGCGCAAUUUUUGCCCCAGGAACGCUCGAUGCAGAAACGAAGGAAGGUGUGGACAGAAAAAAAUACGUGUGCCUGUCAAGGUGUUCGGGGAUGCAGUGCAGGUUGAUCGUUCUGCUUCUGUGGAUCAUGGUGGUGAUGGGACAAGGACGGAUACGUGCGUGCAAGCCCGCCGCUGUUUCCCCGGCGCAAAUUGCUCGGGAGGGGCUGUUUGCAAGGCUGUGUCCCGCAACGGAUGGUUGCAUUUGUUUGCUGUGUGCACGAUACGACGCAGGUUGUGUGAGCUUUCGAAGACGCUGCUGCUGCCCUGAUACAUUCAUCGCAGUAUGUAUGUUGUUUGUUGCUUAGUUGGUGCUUAUUGACGUGCGCUGCUGUCUGGAAGCGCGUUUGAUGUUUGCGGCUUUCAUGUACCGCGGUGUGUAUUAUAACCAUACUAACAACAGUGCGACAGUUCAUUGGCGCAGCUGGAUCAUAAAGGCAUUACAGGUACGGCGAUUGGGAGGUCAGUUGGCGGUGCCAGGUGGCAUGGGUCGACUGGGUUGGCCGCAUCCGUGGCUAGCACGGAGCACAGUCCGAUGGUGCCCGGUAUUAGGGGUCAACGUGUGCAUGCUGUCGGCGGUGCCGGGCGAUGUUUAGGAGGGCAGGACAAGGUGGAGGCGUGGCCGGGCGGUACAAGAUUUGUUUGGGGUCGGGAAUUCCCGUGCGGGAGUGGUGCUGUAGUCCAGAAUGUCGGCGUUGGAAAUAAAAGCAUGAAAUAAAAUGUUUGGGUGUUUUAGAAGUCAGUGUGUCGCCUGGGUGGUGGUUUUAGUCAGGGGCGCGCCCCUCAAUGCAUUUAGUUCUUGCUUCCCCACAUUUAAUACGUUUGGUAGAUGUGCAUAUGAGCCAAUGUGUAACUCCGUUGAGCU